AUGGCGAAGGGGAAUACCAAACUCAGCGAGGGUGAUAUGCAGCGUGUGCGUGCUCUUCGGAAGCUAAGUGACCUCCGCAUGCAGCCCUUGAAGUCGUUGCCAAUGACGCUCUUCCUGCUGUGGAUGGUUGGCAAUGACGUUGGCAUCUUUACCAUCAUGUUUGUAGGCAUGGCGGUGGUGAACCCCCUGCAGAGCAUCUUUGGCACGAAUGACGUUUUCAAGGCCUUCGAGGAGGAGGCAGAAAAGGAUGCAAACGUGCGGAGCGCUCUUAGUCAGUCCAAGCUGAUGUACAUUGCGUCCUGCCUGGUGGCGUUUGCAGUGGCUCUAGUGAAGUUGAACUGGAUGGGACUUAUGCCAGUGAACGCGAUGGACUGGUUGGACAGCACACCACCGGACUACAAAGAACACGUUCAGGGCUUUUUCACUAUGUGA